AUGUCGCCACCAAGUCAAGAUUGGUCUACCAUCACAGACGCCAAUGAACGCCGGAAAGCUCAGAAUCGUGUAGCGCAAAGAAACUACAGAAGUAGGCAGAAAUUACGUGUUGAGCUUGCCGAGGCCAUCCUCUACGACAUGCCAAGCUGGAGAACGGCGGUUGGUUUGAAAAGGAAGCGCUGGCUUGAGACACCUCAAAGUGUGGAAGACCACGAUACGAACCCGGAUUCUGCAACACCAAAGCCCUCUUUGAGCUCUCAAGUAAUUCAGUAUCACGAAGAGGGACAGCUUGUGCAAAACCCAACUGAUUUCUCCAUGUCUGCUGAUGCUGACGUUACUGCUGAUGUCAGCAGUGGUGGUGAGAGUUCAGAUCUGAGUCUCGGUGUGUUUACACCGGGUGACGACUGGAUGAAUGCGGAAAUAGAUUGGACAGCGGCUAUGACUCUAGCUGGUGAUACCUCAGCUUCGGAGCCUGAUUUGCGGCACAGAGCCGUGGGUCCUGGAAAUGACAUCCAUGCUCAGCCCCCUGUAUCUAUCCCUGUUCAAGCGGCCUCAGGACAACAUAGGACGCUUACCGCUCCCACCCCUGCAGAGUCUAUGUCACUUCGCACCGAACCGCCCGAAACCGCAGUCAUCACAGUUACGUCGAACAGAGAGGUGCCGAACCUAGGGGACUCAAAUGAGGGUUCUAGAAGUAUAUCCACUACAAAGCAACCUUCAGAGUUUAAAACCCCAGUGCUCACAGCCAUAGCAAAGGGCAAACUUGAUAUUGCGAGACUGCUCAUUAGCUCUGGCGCUAACAUCGACACUCGCGACAUGCAUGGCAGGACCAAUCUGCACUAUGCCGUGUCAAGGAGCGACGCAAAGACAGUUCGAUCUCUCCUCGAACUUGGCGCAGAUCUGCUGAUGUCAGAUGCAUCUGGAGUGACUGCUUUGCAUAUGGCUGUGGGGGCGGAUGAUCAAGACAUGGUCAAGCUCCUGCUUGGAUGGUGCGAACAACAAGACCGUACAGCGUCUUCAACCGACCACAAAACCACGCUAAAACAGUGCAUUAACUCAAGAGACGGACAAAAUAUGACGCCAUUACACUUGUGUGUUGUAAUGGAGCGCAUGGAUAUGCUCAAGAUUCUUCUAGACUAUGGAGCUGAUGUAAAUAUUGGUUGUGACUAA